AGCAGCAGCCAUUAUUCCCUUUACCUUCAACCAUCAUAUUAGCUUUAUUCUAAGCCCACACUGCAUGUCUCCCAGCCAACAUGUUCCCUCUUGAAGCCAUGUUAGGGGGGCGUUUUCAAUGAAUUUUUCCCCUUAGCAGCAUCAGUAGCACAGAGCCAGCCUCCGACCACACUACGCUGUUCCUGCUUGCUCCGUGUUUUUUUUUUUCCUCCAAAGGUUGAGAAGCAAGAUUACGCGCAAGGACAGCAAAUAAACACAACCAAAACAAAGCGCGCCGUCGUUCACCGCGGGGGAUUCCGUGUUCCGUGCAGGAGCAUCUCUGGCAGGCGCUGAUUCGCGUGAAAGGAGCACAAAACAGAGAGCAGGAUGUCAGCCAGAGGAGGAAAGAAGAAGGCCACCAAGCUGUCCCGCUCAUCCCGGGCAGGAGUCAUCUUCCCUGUGGGGAGGAUGAUGAGGUACCUGCGUACCGGCACGCACAAAUACCGCAUCGGUAUGGGGGCGCCAGUCUACAUGGCAGCAGUCAUUGAGUACCUGGCAGCUGAGAUCCUGGAGCUGGCAGGAAACGCAGCACGGGACAACAAGAAAGGCAGAAUCACCCCCAGGCACAUCAAGCUCGCUGUGGCCAACGACGAGGAGCUCAACCAGCUGCUGCGGGGGGUAACCAUAUCGAACGGGGGCGUUCUCCCUCGGAUCCACCCGGAGCUGCUCUCCAAGAAGAGGGGAAGCCGGGUGAAGGUGGACAGCCAGGCGUCGGUCCCAGAGAAAGAGGAACGCUCCAAGAGCAAGAAGCCCGUCAAAUCCUUCAAAAAGGUUAAAGGCAAAAGAGGCCGCAAGCCAAAGAGCGCAGACGGCGAGUCCGUUCCAAACUCCACGGUGGAAGACGGUCCAGGAGAAGGGUUCACCAUCCUGUCAGCAAAGAGCCUGUUCCUGGGACAGAAGCUUUCACUAACAGAGAGCGAAAUCGGCAAAAUCGGAUCCAUCAAGGUGGAGGGGAUAAUCAACCCCACGAACGCAGAGAUGGACCUGAAGGACGGAGUGGGUAACGCUCUGGAGAAGGCUGGAGGCCGGGAGUUCCUGGAUGCAGUCAAGGAGCUACGGAAAGCACAGGGGCCUCUGGAGGUGGCAUCAGUGGCGGUGAGCCAGGCGAACGGGAUGGCGGCCCGCUUCAUCAUCCACUGUAACGUCCCUCAGUGGGGCUCAGAGAAGUGCGAGGACCAGCUGGAGAAGACGGUGAAGAACUGCCUCUCUGCAGCCGAGGAGAAGAAACUCAAGUCUGUGGCUUUCCCUUCACUUCCUGCUGGACGGAACGGCUUCCCAAAGCAAACAGCUGCCCAGCUCAUCCUCAAGGCCAUCUCCAACCAUUUUGUGUCGUCCACCAGCUCCUCUCUGAAGAACAUUUACUUUGUGUUGUUUGACAGCGAGAGCAUCGGGAUUUACCUUCAGGAAAUGGCCAAGCUGGACACCAAGUGAGGAUCCUGCUGUCCCCGUUUGUUUUUCUAACUGUUGUUUGUCUCUGCAGGUGUAGAUAGCUGAUGAUAUGACAGUAGGAGUUUUUCAUGUGGAAUCUGUUUUUUGCUUUAAGAGGAAAAAAAAAAAUAUUUGUGAGUGGAGUGUUGUCACAUUUCUGUUCCACUGUCCCUUCAGAAUAAAUCAGUUCUUUUAGAUUAGAGGAUGUCGACCCGUACAGUUUGCUUUAUGGCUCCUGGUUUCAUCGAUGUUUUUACAUUCCAUGUACAAAUAUAAGCGUUUUUUUCCUGCCUCUGUAGUUUCUGAUACAGUUAGUUUACUAAAAAAGUGUGGUUCUCAUUCUGCUUUGAAAUAAAAACUCAGAUGUUUUACACCAGAGAUCCG